CUCAAUACCCCCCAAAAAAGCCCUAACAAGCCACUCUCUACACACUCCCAUCCCCUCUUGCCCAGACCCAUCCCUGGCCGCACCCUUUCUCUCUUCUUAAGCUUCCAUUCAGACCUGGCCCAGUGAAGCUACUCUUUGUGAAUAGCUUGGCGCUUUCUUCGGGGAAAAUGAGACUCUGAGUGGACAAGUGAGGGGCUUGGGGGAUUUUGGGCGGUUACACUUGGCUGUAUGAGGAGAGAGGGGGUUUUGAGGGUGUUGAGGGUGAGGAGUGGGUGGUGAGGGUGUGGAGUGGUGUUUUGGGAGGAGGAGAGGGUGGUUUGGCUAUAGUUAGGGUCUGUUUAGUAAGAUUAUAGAGAAAUAAUGGGUAGAAGAGAAAUUUUUAAUGAUUUGAUAAAAUGAGCAACCAGAAUAGGAUUCUUAUAAUUUUGAGUUUCGUAUGAUAUGUAGGAGAUAAAUACUACCUGAAUUACUGAGAUUGAUUAAUAUAUCAACCUCAGUAAAAUUUUGGAUUUGAAAAUCUCAGAUAUCAUCAUUCAGAACAUCCUUCUAACAUUAUAACCAUAAAAUGAGCAAUAGAUCCUUUUAUCUCGCUUAUCCUCUUCCUUAAGACCACAUUGCCUAUCGACACCAUCUUGCCCUACCUUCGUCUACAAUCACCAAUAAAAUUCUAAAACUUUCUUCUCUAAAUCUCAGCUCCAAGACCUAUCGCUAAAAUAUCUGUCCUGGUUCUCCUCAGUCAACUUAUGGUCUUCUUAAAAACCUCUAUUACCUCUCCACCUACCUCUGAGUCUUCUUCAUCACUAUUACAGCUUAUUAUUAAAGGAUGGCUCUAAGCCAACACAAAUAUUUUCCUUAAAAGAGGGAGAAAGCCUCUAUUAGCUAAAAUUCCUAUGGCAUUUUACUCAAGAACAUUUGACAGAGCCCCAACAAUGCAUGGCUUAAUAAGAGAGCUGAUUUAGUAAACAUUAGGAAACAAAUUCAAUAUUCUAUUAUCAAGUAUUUGCAGACGAACUCUGAGUAAGAAUUCUUCAUAAUUUUGGAUAGAUAAGCAAGUGGUUUACCCUCGGUUCUGGCGGUUCUGAGCACUAGGACACACGCUGGAAGAUUCUUAUUGGUUGUACAAAUUGUAAUAAUAUGUCCUUCACGACCACUUCAAGCAGGAGACUUGGGCACUAAAAGUAUCAGUUUUAAAACUUCUUUCAGGUUUUUGUUGAGUUUUGAAUAACGAUAGUAAAUUUUGAGGAUUUAGAAAUUGAAACUGUCUUAGAAACAGGCUGAAAGAUCAAAACAGAGAAACCCAGUGAUGUCACCGUGAGGGUUUUGACACAUUUCUGAUAUUUGGUAGUCUAGAUAUGUGGCUAAGAUAGUGUAGUUGAGCUUAUAGUUAUUUUAUGAAUGCUCUUGUCUCUU